AACCAUCAUCCGUUGUGGGAAAUAGUUCAUUCAAGGUACUAUACUCUCUAUGGAUGCAUUCUUGCAACAUUUCUAAGUUCCCUGAUAUCUUGAAAGGCCUUUGUGCUUUAAAGGAUCUUGACCUUUCUGAUAACAAGAUAGAAGGUGAAAUACCAAGCUGGAUAUGGAUUGAGUCGCUUAAAUCGUAUCAAAGGAUCUCUUCCAUCUGGAAUAUGCAAUAUGAGCAACUUGAAGUAUCUUGAUGCAUCAGAUAAUAAUUUGAGUGGUUUGAUUCCAGAGUGCUUGGUCAAGCUUGAAACUCUGUCUGUUUUGAACUUGAAAGGAAACAGAUAUCAUCAAAUGCCUUCUAAUUUUACAUUAGCAGGAAAUCUUGUUACUCUUAAUAUCAAUGGCAAUCGAUUGAAAGGGAAGCUGCCAAGAUCACUGGCCAAUUGCAAAAUGCUGGAGAUUCUUGAUUUAGGAAACAACAUGAUGUUUGAUACUUUCCCAUUUUGGUUGGAAAAACUCCCUUCACUCAAAGUUCUUGUCUUGCGAAACAACAUGUUUUAUGGUGAGGUGGAGAUUCCUAGGACAAAGUUUGUGUUGUCAAACUUAAGCAUAAUUGAUUUGUCCUCCAAUAAUUUCAGCGGGAAGUUGUCCACAUAUUUCCUGCAGAGUUUGAGUGCAAUGGCUGUGGGUGGGGAAAACAAAUCACUGUCCAGCCUCAUUGGAAACCAUGAUGGCUACUACCAUGAUUCAGUGACUAUCAUGAACAAAGGAAAUGAGAUGGUGUUAGUUAAGAUUUUGACAAUAUUUGUGUCUUUGGAUCUGUCAAACAACAACUUCCAUGGCAAUGUUCCAGAAGAGAUUGGUGAACUAAAAUCACUGGUUGUGCUCAAUCUGUCACGAAAUGCCUUUGAUGGGCAAAUUCCAACAUCAUUGGGAGAAUUAUCACAACUAGAGUCUUUAGAUUUCUCACACAAUAAAUUCUCAGGAAUGAUUCCUCCACAACUCACCAGUCUAACUUUCCUAGAAGUAUUGAACAUGUCUUACAACCAACUAGCCGGUCGCAUUCCUUUGGGUAACCAAUUCAAUACUUUCACGAAUAGUUCCUACAUAGGAAAUGCAAGACUGUGUGGAACCCCACUCUCAAGAAAAUGCAGUGAAGAUGAUGAUGUACCAGUAGCACAAGAUGAGAGCUUGGAAGGUGAAGAAGCCAUAUUUGAUUGGAAGUUUGCAGUUGCUGGAUGUGGGUUUGGGUUAGUUGUUGGGUUAACAAUCGGGUUUACAUUCUUGGCUGAUUGGAUUAUUAAAUGGGUCGUAAAGCAGCAGCAGAAGAAGAAGCAAGCAAGAAGGAAGAAGAAGAAAAUGCAAUUAACAGUCCUAAAAAUUGUUGAUCAUAAGACCUCAGGCACUGAUGAUGUGACAAAGGAGAAACUGAAGAUGUUGCAUGCCUUUCUCAAUGAACUUAAGGUUGACUGGUCGAAGAUUAUUUUCAAUAAUCUAGUUCACACCAUCACCUACCACCGGAAAAGUCCAGGGGACAUCGCCAAGAAACUAGGGUAUGGUUUUAUGGUAAGUCAUCUUCUUGUCACUAAAGGAGUUUUGAUGCGACCAGGCAUUCGGCCCGGACAGAAAGCUUGUCACAUGAAGCAGAAACCAUCUGGUUACGACAAGUAG